AUGAGUACGUUGCGCCAGAAUGCCACCUCAGCACGAAAAAUAUAUCUACCCCGACAACCGCUGACCAGUGAAGAAGUGUUCGAAUAUACUCAAGCUUUUAGUCUCUUUGAUCGUGAUGAAGAUGGCUUUAUCAAUGCCAAAGAUCUGAGUAUACUUAUUCGUUCGUUGGAACAAAAUCCAACGGAUAAUCAAAUUCAACAACUCAUUGAAAAUAUUGUCGACGAAGAAUGUAAUCUUAUUGAUUGUAAACAAUUUUUAAUUAUGAUGUCUAUACUGAAGAAAACACGUGACGCUGAUAAUAAACGAGAAUUACGUGAAAUCUUCGAUGCCAUCGAUGAUGAUGGGAAUGGAUCGAUUGAAAGUGAAGAAUUACGAGCAUUGAUGACUUUAUUAACGAAUGGAAAUGAUGAGAUGAAAUUAACAAAAGAAGAGGCGGAUGCAAUGAUCGCGGAAAUCGAUGUAGACAACGACAGACGGAUAGGAUUUGAUGAAUUCCUGACCAUAUUCGAAGGACAAACACAAUAG